UCUCUUUUGUGCCCUGUGUCAUCAUUAUUAGGGUUUUAAAUAGUUGUUGUUAUAACUUAUAACUAUUGCUGCCGUGUCACAAUUUUUGAUAUUGCCGAAACACAAACCACAGAUGAAGCCGUGGUUUUACCAACGGAUUUGGACCGACACAUUUUCAAACCAACGACAACAAAUCCUUAAACUCAACCACACACUUUCACACCUCACACGAACAAACCAAUUCACCGAUUCUCUCCAUCUUUUUACCAAAAUCCACUCCUCCCAUUUCACCAAACCAGAUCACUACACUCUCUCAACCGUCAUAACUGCCACUUCCAAAACUUGCCACGUUACCACUUUCGGUAGCCAGCUUCAUUCCUUCGCAAUUCAAACGGGCCUCAAAGCCCAUUCCCACGUCGCCAAUUCCCUCCUCUCUCUGUACUCCAAAUCCCGUGACAUUGUUUCAGUUCAGCUCCUUUUUCAAGAUAUUAAAUUCCCUGAUGUUUAUUCAUGGACAACGCUUUUAUCUGCUGUUACUAAAUUGACCCAUUUUGAUAAUGCACUCCAUGUGUUUGAUAAAAUGCCGAAAGGCCAUGUUGCUGUUUGGAAUGCUAUUAUUACUGGGUGUAGUGAUAAUGGACAUGAACACUUUGCUUUUAAGUUUUUUAAAGACAUGUUUAGGAUGAAUGUUAGGCCUGAUAAUUACACAUUUGCCACUAUGUUGAGUUUGUGUAAUUUAGAGCUUUUGGAUUAUGGAAAACAUGUUCAUUCUGUGGUUUUCAAAAGUGGGUUUUUGGUUAUGACUUCCGUGGUUAAUUCUCUUAUUACAAUGUAUUUUAACUGUGGAUGUGUUGUGGAAGCUUAUGAGGUGUUUGAGGAGACAGAAGGUUUGAUUCGCGAUCAUGUUACGUAUAAUGCGAUGAUAGAUGGUUUUGUGAGCGUGGAAAGAUUUGAAGAUGCAUUUUUAAUGUUUAGGGAUAUGCAUAGGUGUUGUGUUUGUUUGACUGAAGUUACUUUUGUGAGUGUGAUGAGUUCUUGUUGUUGUUUGAGAGUUGGGUGCCAAGCCCAAGCUUUGGCUGUUAAGAUGGGGUUUGAUCGUGGUUAUAUUGCUGUUAACAAUGCAACGAUGACCAUGUAUUCUUGCUUUGGGGAGGUGAAUGAGGCUCGAAAUGUUUUCGAGAGAAUGGAAGAAAGUAAGGAUCUUGUUUCAUGGAACAUAAUGAUUUCAAUGUUCUUUCAAGAGAAUAUUAAUGAGGAAGCAAUCUUGACAUAUUUGAAAUUGAGGAGGACGGGAAUUGAACCGGAUGAGUUUACGUAUGGAAGUUUGCUAGGGGCCUCAGACUCGUUGCAAAUGGUGGAGAUGAUCCACUCCCUUCUUUUCAAACAUGGGCUUGCCAAAGUUGAAGUUUUGAAUGCAUUGAUUUCUUCCUACGGUAGAAAUGGAAAGAUAAUGUGUGCCUUUCAAAUCUUCUCUGAUCUUCCCUACAAAAGUUUGAUAUCUUGGAAUAGUAUCAUAUCUGGUUUCUUGAUAAAUGGAUGCCCAGUUCAAGGGUUAGAGCAAUUUUCUGCAUUACUUAAUACACAUCUCAAGCCAAAUGCUUAUUCCCUCAGUCUUGUUUUGAGUAUUUGUUCUUGCAUUUCGGCUAUGGAUCACGGGAAACAGGUUCAUGGUUACAUACUGCGACACAGUUUUGAUUCAGAAAUUUCAUUGGGUAACGCCCUGGUGACAAUGUACUCCAAAUGCGGAUCUCUAGACGGGUCAUUGUGUGUAUUUAAUGCAAUGGUUGAAAGAGAUACAAUCACUUGGAAUGCUAUCAUAUCUGCUUAUUCACAACAUGGACAAGGCGAAGAAGCCGUGCGCUGUUUCGAGGCAAUGCAAACCUCCCCUGGAAUCAAACCAGAUCAGGCUACCUUUACUGCAGUUCUUACAGCUUGCAGUCAUACAGGUUUAGUUGACGAGGCUACCCAUAUUUUCGAUAUCAUGGUGAGAAUUUACGGAUAUAUGCCGAGUGUGGAUCAUUUUUCGUGCAUAGUUGAUCUGCUGGGUCGCAGUGGUUACCUUGACGAGGCAGAAAGUGUAAUUACAAAUGGAUAUUUCGGAGCACAUUCCAAUAUGUGCUGGUCAUUGUUCAGUGCUUGUGCAGCUCAUGGUAAUUUAAGACUAGGAAGAAAGGUUGCUAGAGUUCUCUUAGAAAGAGAACACAACAAUGCAUCGGUUUAUGUGCUUUUAUCGAAUAUAUGUGCAGCAGCAGGCCAGUGGGAAGAAGCAGCUAAACUGAGAGACACGAUGAAACAAUUUGGGACGACAAAGCAACCUGGCUGUAGUUGGAUCACAACCUAAGACUUAGGGUGAUGUGAUAUGCAAGAUAUUCAAAGUGGAGUUCCUAUGCUUGCAUUAAAAGGUAAAACUGGCUAAAGUGGCUGGUUUUUAUGCAAGAUCUUCCAAUCUUUAUAUUCACAGUGAAGGUUAAAGAAGCCAAAGUUUGAACUUUUUUACUUGAGGGAAGUGGUUGGCUGGGUGUGGAGAUAGUGGAACCUUCUAAUAGUGUGUGUUGAACAAGGGAUGUUAAUGAAGUCAUGUAUAGUUUUAGAGAGUAGAUAAUCAUUUCAUUAGGCUUUGUUUAGCCUUAGCAAUAGUUGAGUGAACAUUUGGUGUUUCUGACAUGUUCCAAUUUGAAAUUUAUUUGUGAAAGAAGAGUAUUGUUGU